UGGUGAAUAUGAAGAUUUAAGAACAGAAAAUAAGAAAACACAAGAAGAGUGUGACAAAAUCAAACAGGAGAGAGAUGAAGCGGUCAAGAAACUGGAGGAGUUUCAAAAAAUUUCUCACAUGGUCAUUGAGGAAGUCAGUUGCAUACAAAGCCACCUUGAAAUUGAGAAGACAUGUCGUGAAAGUGCAGAAGCUCUGGCCACAAAGUUGAACAAAGAAAACAAGACUCUGAAAAGAAUCAGUAUGCUGUAUAUGGCAAAACUGGGACCAGAUAUAAUUACUGAAGAAAUCAAUAUCGAUGAUGAAGAGUCAUCCACAGAUACAGAAGGUAGUCCUGUUGCAUGCGAGUCAGUGCAAUGCCAGCAGCUAAUAAAAGAUCUGCGAGAUCAAAUUAUAUCUCUUCAGGAGGAAAAGAAAGACAUAGUUAUUGAACUGGAAAACCUGAGAAGCAAAUAUGCAGAAGACGCUGUAGAAGUAAUUAAAGUAAAGGAAGAAAAUGCAGCUCUGACAGCCGAAAUUCAUAAGCAGCAGAAAGUGUUGGAAAAAUGUAAUCGAGUGUCUGUACUGGCAGUAGAAGAAUAUGAAGAACUACAAGUAAACUUUGAAUUGGAGAAAAAUCUGCGGAAGAGAGCAGAAUCCUUUGCGCAAGAGAUGUUUAUUGAACAAAAUAAGCUGAAAAGGCAAAGUCAACUUCUGCUGCAAAGCUUGGCUCCUGAUGAACAACUUCUGAAAGCUCUGGAUGAAAAUGCAAAACUGAAUGUAAUAUUAGAGGAAGAGAGGUUGCAACAUGGGCGAAAGGUUAAAGAAUUAGAGGAGCAACUAGAAAAUGAAGGCUUGUACAAGGAAAUUAAAUCCCUUAAACAACAGCUGGAACUUCUAGAAGAAGAUAAAAAGGAACUGGAGGGGAAAUAUCAGAGUGCUGAAGAAAAAAUUAAAAACCUAAAGCAUUCAGUUGAUGAACUUCAGAAAAGGAUACACCAGUCAGAAAAUCAAAUCCCACCCCCGCCUCCUCCAUUGCCACCUCCACUUCCUCCUCCUCCAAAUCCAAUAAAGUCCCUCAUGUCAAUGAUUCGUAAGAAGUCUCAUCCAAACAGCAGCACAACCAAGAAAGAAAAGGCACCUCUGCAAGAAUCAGAAAUAACAGACCUGAAGAGACAAGCAGUGGAAGAAAUGAUGGACAGGAUUAAAAAGGGGGUUCACCUUAGACCUGUUAAUCAGACCAGCCGUUCUAAGAGAAAGCCAGAAGUUCCCAAGGCCUCUGAGAGUGCAAUGAAAGAGCUAAAGGGAAUUCUGGAAACACUGAAUACAUCUGCAAGUUCAAGAAGCCUGAAAUCCCUUGACACAGAAAGCAAUGAAACAGAGUUAGAAAGAAUCUUGAGGCUCAGAAAAGAGACGACUGAGCAAGACAGCAGCAGUCCAACUGGAAUCUUGGCUGCUUGUGAAUCCAAAUCCAUGCCAGUGUUGGGUUCUAUUGGAACACAGUGUGCAUUGAACAAGGAAAUUCUGGAGACAGAAUUCAGACACAAGCCUUCAGAGUCAAAGGAUGGACAUCAUAAAAUGGUUGAAGGUACAAGUACCAAAGUUACUGCACAAUUACCAAGCAAUGUGGGGCUUUCAAACAAAGUUCCUGAUGUAGAAAAGCAAGUAGAAUCCAUUGUGGUAUUGAAUCCCAAAAAAGCAAAAGAACAGAUGUCUGCACAUCUAGAUCAAGGCAAGAUGUCAGAAGAAAAAGGUCAACAGUUUCGUAAAGAUGCUCGUGUUGAGAAAACAAAAGAGAGGGACAGCUCUCACUGCUAG